UCGGAACCGAAUGGAACGAACUACUGCCCGUGGUUCUGGAGGACCAUGGGACUGCCGCCGGCCGAUCUGCCCGACGAUUGACCGAGCCGGACAGUCACAGACACGAUGUGACUACCAAUGAUGAAGCAGCACCACCAUCGCGGCCGCGGCCGGUGGUCCGCACCGUACCUAGCACGAAUGGCCCAUCCGACGCCGUCGAUGCUGAAGGUGGUACGAGCGAGACCGAACUGGCCGCCGCCGUCGGAAUCGCGUCCAGGGAUAGCACGGCCGCUGUCAGUCGCGCACCGAGUGCGACUGGCCGUGGCCACUGGAUUGCGGACGAUGGUGAUAGCUACAAUUUGGGCGCGUUCGAUCAAACGAACGGUCCGUGGCCGAUCCGGCAACCGUUGCCUCUACCCAAGUGGUCCUGCCGGCCAGUCACACCGUUCGUGGUGGACAAACUUUGGCAGUACGAGGACCUGGUCGGUCUGAUCGAAACCAAGCUGCAGCGAAUGCUCGAGGAGACGCACUACAAUACGGCAAACAACUUUGUGGAUUUUUACAGGGCCUACCGGGCCGCUCACCGUCAUGGCCGCGGUGAGCUGAAGACACACUUCCAGCACUAUACCAUCCCGAUCAACCGUCGUCACCAUAUGUGUGUUAGUUUGGCGAUGGAAAUAGUCUCAAGAAUCGCAGAACAUCAUCCGGACAUUGCACGUCUGUUCUAUCUGGUAUCGUGCGAAGAAGCGUUGGACGAGUCGGAUUCGUACAUUCAACAUUGUGAGGAAAAUGGUAUCGAGUACGCCGGGUCCACUCUGGAAAAGGAGCACGCUAUGGUAGCGAUGAAGAUCGUGGUCGGAGGACGUGAAGGUGUGCUGAUCCUUGACCCAGGCUACCACGUGGCGCGUGCCGUCACUGUCAUGAAGGACCAGAAAUACCCACACACAGGGUGGUUCACGCAGUCUGACGAACCGCACUGCAAGCGCGAGUACAGCUACGCUUUGCACGAUGAGAGCAGUGACUACAUCACCUGGACCGAACGAAUGACCCGUGGUGGAAAACAACAGUACGAAGAAUCGUUGGUGUACAUCGCACGCUCCUACCGUACGGCGAUCGAUGUUACCGUGCGUCGUAACUUGGUGUACAACUUCCGGUCACUGUUGUCCCGUGACGCAAAGGGACGUGUAUGUGCCGGGUUGUACUUCCCAGUCGUACCGAAUCCACACGAUGCUCAGGUAACAUUGUUCUACGACAACGCUAACACUUCACAGGUGAAACAGAAGUUUAUGUUCGCCUUGUUCAAAGAUCCGGAAAAGAUUCCUGACCCGGUAUUGGCCCAUCUUGAAAAUUUGGCCCCACAAUUGCGCAUGAAACUCGGUGAGCUGAUCGACCUGAUGGUAGAUCUAGCCGAAUCAGUACAUGACGUCGAGUUUGUGCAGCAAGUGCUCGAGAUUAAUAACAACAUCAACGAGCUGUCGGCGGAUAAUUAAAAUACUACGCAUUUUUUUCUACUUCUUUGCUGAAAUUCCCUCCCUAAAUAUACGUAGCUGGGGAAGAUGUUUGACGCACCACUCUAAUAUGACUUUGCACAAGAAUACACAUCCAUUCUCACCGGAAGCAAUAAUAGACAAGUUUUCUUCACGUAUUAUAAUCGUAUUUGAAAACUUUGUGUGUCGUUAAAGCGUGUUUUAACUUCUGCAGAAUUUACUCGCUUUAAUAACGUAUAAUUUGCACCAAUUGUAUUCCCAACAAUAACGCAAUCAUUUGUGGCGUUUAUGUUUAUACAGCUAGAUCAAAAUUUCGUAGAGUCAUUCCCAACGUUAAUGAAGAUUUGUCGUUUUAUGUUAAGCCUCUUGUUCACAAGUAAACAGUUCACUUUUCUACCAAUGCACCUAACGAAAGGCAUUGAAUCGUGUGUGGUCAUUCUACUAAUAUCGGACUAUUUAAUCAGUUUUACUCAAAGUGUGUAUCUAUUCUACCGCAACUACUUAAAAACUUGACAAAUAAAGAAAAGAAAAAUGAA